AUGAAUGCGACGAAGAAGAGAGACACUCUGGCAAAGAUAUCAGGCUCUGGCUUGGGCCAACCUGUCAAAGAGAUACAGAAACCCUUUCAAAACCCUGAGUCUGACUCUGAGGAAGGGGAAGUGAAGGAUUUGAUAGAAAACAACAACCUUAAUAAGUCAACUAAUUCUUCAGAGAUGAUACAUUCAAAGGGUCUGAUUGAGCACAAAGAUUCAAAGGAUACAAUGCUACAGAAAUCUGACUAUAUCUUUUGGGGUGAUAGCAAAGCUUCGUACUCUUCUAAUUUCAGUGACAACAAUAAAGAAGUAAGCGAAGAAUAUAAUGAAGAGUCCUUCACAUUUUCUGAUUGGAAGCAUAACAAGGGAGUAUUUGCACCUAAAGUAGCCAACCCAAAAACCCUCAAGGAAAUUCUGCCCAAAAUUCUAUGUCAUCUGUGCGGCAAAAGAGGACAUUUGUCUGAAAAAUGCUCUGAAAUCCAACCUCACGAGAUCUACACUCAACUUGUCGAUAAAUAAGCACAAAUUCCAGGUCCUCUCCCGCUUAGAGUCAGACCCUGAGUUCCUCCAGGCCUCGAAGACCGUGACUUGUUAUGUGUGUAGGGAGAAAGGCCAUUUUCCUGUUCUGUGCAAGUAAGGUCCAUCAGGAAAGAAACUUACAGAAACUUAUGAGGUUUGAAUGGAGCAGUAACCUGAAGGGGAUACGUAGGAGGUAUAAUAAGAUAGUUGAGUCCCAUAUUAGUCGCUUGAAUCUUAUGGAGCUUCCUUGAUGUUCACCAGUGUGGAUGGAUAUGUUCGAAGCAGUUUAUAAGUUCCAUUUGAGAAUGAGGUUUGGUAGUGGAUUGAUGGAUGAUGAUGAAGUUGGAAGGAGACCAGAGAAUUUAAGUUAAUUUUCAGUUUUUAGUAAAAU